CUGUAUUUGUGUCUCUGUGUUUCCACAUGCAGCCCCUCCCUGAAGCAAAGACUCUGCUCUACAAUCAGAUGACACUGAAGAGUGUUCCCGAGCCAGAGAGAAUUAGACACAGCCACGCUUUUAAGAUCUGCAAGAAUUUCCAGCACCUCAUGUGUGUGAGUUUAUUGGAGGACCACUCUCUGGUUGUGGUGGAGCGCCCCCUGCUGGACAUCAUGUCUCAGCUGCCUGCACCAGUCAGGCAGAAGAAGUUUGCCACAUAAAUGAACUGAAGCAGGUUGUUCUGAGGGCGUCUCAGCCCCGAUGUUCAUACCAGAGGAAAGGAUCAUUACCUCGACGUGUCAACUCACUUUAACACUGACUUCCAAAAUGUGU